AUGGGGAAGAAAGGGAGUGGUGGGUGGUUCUCGACGGUGAAGAAGAAAGUCUUUAAUAAAUCUUCUCCUAAAGACUCAAAGAGAGAGGACAACAUCAGCAACAACAACGCCGACAGGUGGCAGCAGCAACAUGACACGCAAGAAGUUGUGUCUUUCGAGAAUUUUCCGGCGGAAAGUUCGCCGGAGAUCUCCCAUGACGUCGAGAGCACUGCUUCUACUCCGGCAAUCACCGUUGGAGAGAAAAAACACGCCAUGGCUGUGGCUAUAGCCACGGCUGCUGCUGCCGAAGCGGCCGUUGCAGCUGCACAAGCGGCCGCUAAAGUCGUUCGGCUUGCCGGCUACAAUCGCCAGACGGAGGAAGAUAGCGCCGCCGUGCUCAUCCAAUCGCACUACAGGGGCUAUUUGGCGAGACGAGCACUUCGAGCUUUAAAAGGACUAGUUAGGUUACAAGCAUUGGUCCGAGGCAACCACGUACGAAGACAGGCGCAAAUGACUAUGAAAUGUAUGCAAGCUCUGGUUCGUGUCCAAGGCCGAGUCAGAGCAAGAAGGCUCCAAGUGGCUCAUGACCGGUUUAAGAAACAAUUUGAGGAAGAAGAGAAGCGGUCCGGGUUGGAAAAACAAAAAAACGGGUUUGCUAAUCUCCAAACAGAACGAGAGAAACCGAAGAAACUGCACGAAGUAAAUCGAACCAGCUUGUACCAAACUCCAGGAAAGGAGAAAGAGAAGAGUGAAGGAAUGAUGAAAAGAGAGAGGGCUCUUGCUUAUGCAUACACUUACCAGCGACAAAUGCAACACACAAAUGCUGAUGAGGCACUUGGGCUUUCUGUUAAUGGGCCAGAUAGAAACCAAUUGGCUUGGAAUUGGCUUGACCAUUGGAUGUCUUCCCAACCAUACACGGGCCGUCAAACCGGCCUGGGUACCGGUCCCGGACAGUACAAUCCUCCUCCGUAUCCGCCUUUCCCCACAGCCGCGGCAACCACAGCCGGGACCACUACACCCGACGAUGUAUCGGAAAAGACGGUCGAAAUGGACGUGACCACUCCGACUAGCCUCAAGGACAAGAUAAUUGGUAUGAUUGAUCGAGAGUAUAUAGACUUAGGAUCAUAUAGACAAGCCCAUAAGCAACGGAAAAGUCCAACCCAUAUACCAAGCUAUAUGGCUCCAACUGUAUCUGCAAAGGCUAAAGUACGAGACCAAGGCACGACCGUCAAGCUUCAAGGAACUUCUUUUAUGCCGUAUUGGAACUCCUCGACCAAAAACGGAUCGGUUAAUGGAUCGGGUUGUGAUUCAUCAAGUUCGGGUGGAGCAGUAACAACCGGUUAUCCCGGUCCUAGGAGUCCUAACCCAAAAAUUGAUAUCCGACGACGUAAACCGGUUAGUCCUAGUCAAAGUCCUACCGGGUUUGGGAAGAGAGACUGGAGGAAUGAUCAUUAG